UCGCCGGGGCUGUGGCGCGCCGUCUGCCGCUGCCACCUCAGCCGCGCUCGGUUCAGCCAGACGCCCUCUGCUUACUGCCCAGAGCUGACGGUCCCAGCACGCUCGCCGCCGCUGCCCUCACGACAGAUUCAUCCAUGAGCUCGGAUUUCCCACAUUACAACUUCAGGAUGCCUAAUAUUGGAUUCCAGAACCUGCCACUCAACAUAUAUAUUGUGGUUUUCGGCACUGCUAUAUUUGUCUUCAUCCUUAGUUUACUCUUCUGUUGCUACUUGAUUAGGCUAAGACAUCAAGCACACAAAGAAUUUUAUGCCUACAAACAGGUUAUAUUAAAAGAAAAAGUAAAAGAACUGAAUUUGCAUGAGCUCUGUGCAGUGUGUCUAGAAGACUUCAAGCCUCGAGACGAGUUGGGGAUCUGUCCGUGUAAGCAUGCCUUCCACAGAAAGUGCCUUAUUAAAUGGCUGGAAGUUCGCAAAGUAUGUCCACUGUGCAACAUGCCAGUUCUGCAGCUGGCCCAGUUGCACAGUAAGCAGGACCGUGGACCCCUACAGGGACCCCUCCCCGGGGCAGAGAACAUUGUAUAGCUCACCACAAGGAUCAAACUGUUGCAGGAUCUGGGAGGAGCAGAGCUGGGAGGAACAAAAGUGGUCUCUCUGUUGGCUGCUCUACCUAGGGCGCCAGCUGCUGCUUCCUUUGUCUCAUGAAGAACUCUCGGGCCAGCCAGGCUGGGAACCCAGACUUCUGGGUCUUGUGACAACCAAAGUGCUCUGACACUACCCCGUGCCAAGAGGAACGGAUGAGCCCGCGAUCUGGUUCAAGAAACCUCAUGAGGAUCUCUUGCUAACUCCAUUACAUUCUGUCUCCCAGACACUCAUCUCCACGCCAAGGUGAAUCUUUACCAACCAGAAGGGAAGACAAACGCAAGUGUUCCAGAGGGGAACUGAAGGCAGGUCUUUAAAGCCCCUACCCUCCCCGCCCCCACACACACACCCUGGGGACACAUGAGCUUCUCUGCAGACCCUGCACACCUUUGUAGCAGCAAACCCUCCCAGCAGCCUCUAAGCCAAGUGAAAACAGCGGUUACCUCAGCCCAAGCACAACCGGUUGCAAUGCUGGAGGCAGUGCCAACAAGGCUAUUCACAUUAUGUCCUUUGAUAAGGCCAUCUUGGCAACCCAGGGGCUUGGUUACAACAAAGCAGCAGUACCUGCCACCACUGAUUCUUCCUCAAGUUCACAUUUGCUUAUCAAAUCAUCUGAGCUAAAAACAGUAGAUGUGCUUGGAAAGGUCUGGUCAAAAGCCAUUUCCUCAUAUUUCCCUUCCUACUCACCAGUGAGGCACAGCCAAGCCACCAUCAGGAGCCCCAGCAGGGGAUGGGUCUCUGAGCCCAUGCUGUCCCUGUAUGACCCGAGGGCCCCAGGGUGCUGCCCACAUCCCCACAUAUACAAUGUGGCUCCAGUAUAGCUGCUAGUCUUGGCCCACUGCCCCCGUAGGAAGCUGCUGUGAGCCCUUCACAUGGCUCCUAGAAGGAGCAUCUCUCUGAUAAUGGCCAGUCCUCCUGGCCUUGCUGAGCUGAGGAGGAUGCUAACCCCUUGCCUCUCCCUGUCCUGCCCUCUGUUCUCUUCCCUCCCUUCCCUUCCCUAUCUCUGUUUCUCCUCAAGAGAAAAUGCCUGUCGUUGACAUUUUAACUAUUUAAAGCAUCCCAGAUAAGAUCCCUAUGGAAUUCUGAAGCCAGGGAUGCACUUGCAAUUGUAAAUAGUUUUCAGGAAGCUCCUGCAGGGCUAUUCAUCCUUGGCGUGUGCCUCAGUAUUCAGACUUAACGAUAAGUGACUGUCGUUAUAGGAGAAAAACGCAUGCUGCUCUUUGGUUCUAUCUUACUUUUCUAGAAAUGACUCAGAGUCUAGCAGGAUUCAUGACUACUUUAUAAGUUCACUAUGUGAAGCAGCACUGGGUCAGACAGAAAGUUCUUUUCCACAGCCCUGCUCUCCACCUCCUUCCAUCAUAGAGGUGGACUCCUCAUCAACAGCGCUGCCUCUGCUCCACCCCACAGGUGUGAAUAGGGGCAGUUUCUCAUUGGAAAUACAGCGUGUAUGACAUGGAGCAAGGGGGGAGGAAACUUUGUACUCUGUUCAUGGAAUGUCUCCAGGAAUAUUUUUGGAAUCCAGCCUCUACUGUCUUAGGAUGGGAAAGGGAACCUAUCCUUGGCUCAGAUGGCUGGGAUCAGAUGAGGAGGAAAAUUCCCACUACCCUAGAAAAGUGCUGGGCAGAAUCCAGUUUGGAAAAUUACAAAUCCAUUGGUCAGAAUUGGCUGUACCCUAUGUGACCUAUUUGUGGUAUGCCAACUGGACUGCUUCUUUAAACAGGGCAAGGAAAGUGUGGAAUAUUUUUAUAUGAAAGCCUUAUUAGCCUGUCUGGCACCCAUGAAAAGAACUAUUUGUACACUCUUACUUUCACCGUUUCUGCAUUCACUAUUUGUAGCACAGUAGAGUUGAAUGCUGGAAAGCAGUUUACAGUAAAAUGUUUUCAGUGACCAAUGUCAGAGGUAGGCUUGCUUCUGGACUUGCCUCACUAAUAGCCAACACUCACCAUUUUCAUGUAACAGCCUUGGGACAAAUGUCACAUCUUCGUUAUGGAGUUCCAAUGGGAAAAAGAAUUUUUCCCUUCAGAGGAGGAAUCUUGUGUUCUGUGCUUGCAAAUUAUUUUCAUCUCACAGCUUUCAUAGGAUUUCAGUUUGUCAGUACCAAGAAGACAGACUCAUGAAGUCCCUGUAUUUGUAGUAAUCUCAGCAUUUGUGAAUAUGGAGGGCUUUUAAAAACUCAGCUCUUCCACUAAGGUGGGGCUUGACACUGAAGUGGUUGUGUUCACUCUGCUAGUAGUCAUCUUCUCUUUCCUGGCUUAGUGUCCUACUGGAACAUGGCCAGUGUCACCUGGUCAGUGUCACUCAUGAGUUCUUAUGCCUCUUAACAACACAAGUGUUUGCGCCCCACAUCUAGGUCCUCCUCCAGUACUUAACUGGGCUGCACUGCUGUAACCAAGUGGCCAGGGUUUAACUUACAUCUUCCUUUAAUUGAUUAAAAUCAGUUUUGUGUGAGGGACAAGGUUAAAUCCCAUUAAGGAAGUUAAAGAUUCCUUAAUACUCUUUGAUCAGGCUCACACCUCACAGUGAGACAGUGAGGCUGCCCUGUCCAGAUCUAUUUCCAUGAGUUAUUCACCUUUUAUUAAUCUGUGUGAGGACUCUGGUCUGCUUUUGGGCUGCUGGCAGGUGACAUGGUUUUUUAACUUGGUCUUAACAUGUCUUAAGCAGCCCAGAGUUGGGUGUGGCUUGUGUACCAUGGGCUAGAGGAGCAGAACUUAGCCUCAACUCGACUCCACGGGUGGGUCAAUCAUUAUCUAGUUGUUACCAGGGGUACAGCUGAGUUCAGCUGGCUGCAGGAACAGGAAACAAAACCAGCCUGACCUGAUUCCUGGCUGAGGAGGUACAGAGAUUUGGUCAGGCCAAGAAAGUAGUGGUCAGAUAGGAGCAGGUGGCCCAUGGGGAGUUCUGGGCUGAGGGAUACUGAGGACCUCCCUUAAGAAAGAGCCUUUCUUUCCACAUCCCUAUUCCAAAGCCUAUCAUCUUCAUGGCCUGAUUCCACUCUAAGUUACUUUGAACAACUAUAGUAACUGUUUCUGAGAGGUUUUCUGGAAAUUAUAAAAUGGACACAGGGAGACAUCCCCAGAACGCUGGACAAAAAGCUGCUCAGGUUUUUUCAGUCACCCCCUUGCCACUCACUAGCCAUGUGCCUUUCUACUAGCCUCUCAAAGCCUGUUUCCUUAGCUGCUCACCCAGGAAUGUGUACUAAGAGUGCCCCCAUCAGCCCUUAUGGGGAUUGACUACCAUGUCUGGAGCCCAGCAGGCAGGCCUGGGGGGGUCAUAGGAGCUGGUGCUACUAGGUGACAUCAUCAUGCUGGCCACAUGGGACUCCCCUGUUCUGAUAGAAACCACCACAGCUGAGAGCCUCCUAAGAUUUAGUGCCUCAGUCACUUCCAUUUACCUUUGCCCGCUGUGCUCCUCAAUGUGGUUUCACUCAGUGCUGAAUAUUCCUUCUAAAUUCUUUGAAUAGGUAAUCCCUUCCACGUGGUUCACAAAUCAUAAAGUUAAGUCAUCCUCGCAUUCCCAGACUCCAGUAAGCCGUUUCCCACCCCUUGAGUACACACUAUUAGUUGGUUCCCUGUGAACCUUCCAGAGUUCGUUCAUGCAUAUACAACCAAGUACACAUACACAUACAUGUAUGUAGGUAUGUGUGUGUGUGUAUAUGUAUAUAUAUAUAUACACAGCUGACUCUUUUAACAACACAGGUUAGGGGUGCUGACACCCUGUAUGGCCUGCAUGUAACUUGACAGUCAGCUAUCCACAUCUGUGGUUCUGCAUCUGUGGAUUCAACCAACCUUGGACCGUGUAGAAUGUAUUUACUGAAAAAAAUCCAUGUGUAAGUAGACCUCAGUUCAAAUCCAUCUUGUUCAAGAAUCAACUCUAUGUGUGUAAUUUUUUUUCUUUUUCCACUUAUGUAAUACCAGACAAGUACUACUCAAGGACCAUUCCUAGUCAUGUGGGAAGACCCAUCCCAGAAGUCAGAAUAUCUAUAAAAGGUGAGCCCAGAAUUGGGGGAUAUUUUUGGAAUCACAUUCCUUUUGAAUAAGGCAUAUUUUCCACUGAUUGCAGCAUGAUGAAAUCUUCGUUUCCUAUACAAAUCGAACUACAGUCCCUCCCUGACCCUAAUCACAGAUGCCUAAAUAACAAGAGAGCACAACCUUUUUUUUUUUUUCCCCUCCUUUUUCUCCUUCCUCAAUGUGGGAUGUGGGAUCUAGUUCCCCGACCAGGAAUUGAACCCAGGCCCCCUUAGCAACUGGACCACCAGGGAAGUCCCCAGCCCGUGUCUGAGUCUGUGGCAGGACACUCCAGAGCAGCACAGGCUGCAGGCGCACCCCAGUCCCCAACCCAGUUUCCAGUAAGGACUGACAGCCCAGCAGUGACAUCUGGCUACAACUGUCACGGCUUCUUAGGCAAAGCUAUGUUUCUGAGGCAGGAGUUGGAGAAGCAGAAGGCUGAGCAGUUCUUUUUGUGGGGCAGAUGUCUCAAAUGUUGCUAAGCAAAUAGGUGGUCAGCUGCCUCAUGGCUCAAUGUCCAUGUUCAAGUUUCAUGAACCUAUUCCCUUUCCCUCCCCACUCUAUGCACACACUGAAAAGCAAAUGUUCCCACAGAAUCUUCUCGCCCAACAUUUUUUCCCAGUCAACGAGAAAUUACCCCACCAACAGUUUUUCUAAAAAGUUCAUUCUUCCCUCUGCAGGAGAUCAGAGUUAAAGCUACUUCCUCCAGGCAGCCCUUGGGGGGAGGGCCAGGGACCUGUGCCUCUUAUUCUUUACCCACCUCCCCAGUACCCUGCCACCCACAGCAGCAGCCCAGGGAUUCCCUGGAUUAAAAGUGUAACUUAAGCCGGUGACCAGAAACUUGGAAAGGAACUAUGUGUGAAACCACCUUCUAUCGAUGAACCUCUUUCAUUAUUAGUAUUUAGGAAUUUGAGCAAAGGAGAUGAAUGUGUCUAAAUUCUGAUGAAAUCUGCAGUUGAUAACUGGAAAAUGCUGGGCCACAUUCCUUUAGUAUAUAAGAUUAAUGAAGGCUCCCGUGUGCCACAGAAUGUGCUUCCAUUUAAUUGGAACAUGAGGAGGAAAAUAGAGGGGCUUAAUCAGUAAAUCUGUUAUUGUUCCAGUUCAGCUUCAGCGCCUGAAUUGUUGUUGCAAGAUGCAGAGUUUUAUUCCACUUUUAGACCAAGCACCAGCACAUAUGGCUUAUCACCCAGAGCUCACUUCUGUGGCUGGUCCCUGCUCCAGAGACACACACCUACCCAUGUCAAGGGCCUUGGCUAUACUUCGAUGAAGCCCCUUGCCGUUCCCUGAGCUAGUACAAGCCUGGAAAAUCUGCAUCUCGGGCCAGGUGCACACCAUCCCUCCAUCCAUCCUUCCCUCUAAGGCCUAGAACAGAAGAAUAAGACGGGGCUAGUGUUUCUUUCCUGAUGAUAGCUGUCUUCCAAGAAAGUGUUCCUGAACUGUCCUCUCUUGGUCUCUUGACAGAUCUUUGCCAGAAAGAGGGGAUAUUAGUCUUGUAGUUUUAAGCCCACUGGGGUUUAUUCACUAGAUAUUGUAUAACUCCUUCAAAAAAGAGUUUAUGAAACGCUGAGCCUCAGGUUUCAUAGACAUGUUUGUACACUAUGAAUUCUGCAGCAGAAUAUUUUUAAACAUUCGCCGUUUUUUUAUAAGCUAUAUAUUUUUGUAUAUUUAAUUGCUAUUUUAAAAUUUUAAUGCAUUUUGCUAAUUACUCGUUUAAAAAAUAAAACAUGCAUGUAAUUGACUUAAAUGUAAAUAAAAAGCAGAUUUUAAAAAUA